AAACGCUGAUAAUUUUAAUGUCAUUGAUUUGAUUGAUUGUCAUGUCAGGUUUCUCAGAACUUUAAUCUGUAUUAUUUGUACUUGUACCUAUUAUUUUUUGUACAAAAUCUUUUCCACCAUCGUUAAAUAAAUUAAUAGGCGUUUAGCCUACCUUUGAACUUUGAUGGAUCCUUGGGGCAGUGAAGUCAAUAAUUCCGAGGUUGUAUCGGAGUUUGAAGACAAUUUCCAACCUCCUUCCGUGUCCGAGAAGUUAUCGGAUUCUGAGCAGUAUCUCGCUAUUUUAGAGCGCAAGUUAAAGGCAAUCAAGUCCAAGAACAAGGUGGUUGACAACCUAGCUGCAUACAGGGCUGACUGUAUUGACCGGUUGAUGCGCGACGGCUGUGACUUGGAUCCUGUUAUUGGAGACACUGAAGACGAGAAACUGUUGCAGGAGUAACUUCUCUAUUUAAAACAUAAUAUUGUAAGUAAUCAUGGCGUCAGCUAUUAACAUUGAUUUAUCAGGAGCAACAUACUGCGUACUGUCAGGGGCUUCCCAAGGUAUUGGCAGGGCUAUUGCAGUUGAGCUCUCAAAGCAUCUUGGUCCUAAAUCCCUGAUGUUGCUGCUGGCACGCAACAAGGACCAACUGGCCAAGACACAGGAGCUCUGCCAAUCAGACAACAUUAAAGUUGUCUAUCAGUCCAUGGACCUCUCUAAGGCCACUGCAGAGGAAAUGUUAGAUGCCAUCAAUAAUUCUCUAAAAGGAUAUAAGAUCAAUGACUUUGCCAACUGUGUGAUCUUCCACAAUGUUGGUUCACUGGGUAACCUGGCCGUGCCCACGGAGCGCAUUGAAGAUGUUGAUGAGAUGAGGCACUACUAUGAUCUGAAUGUGUUUAAUGUUAUCAAACUGAAUACUCAGUUCCUUAAGGUGUUUGAGGAGGUGGAAGACAGAGUCAUCAUUGUGAAUGUGACAUCUCUGUGUGCCAUCAAGCCCAUGAGUGGCAUGGCCAGCUACUGCAGUGGCAAGGCCGCCAGGGAGAUGUAUUUCAGAGUGCUUGCAGAAGAGAAGAAGCAUGUCAGAGUGCUGAACUACUCCCCUGGGCCUGUUGAGACAUCUAUGAUUGACUAUGUCUUGGCUGAGACAGUGAACGCUAACUUGAGAGAUGUGUUCAUGUCGUUCAGGUCUCAAGGGGCACUGCUUAAGCCAGAGGUCACGGCUAAGAAAUGUUUGAAAGUAUUGCUGCAGGGCAAGUUCAGCCCGGGCGCGCACGUUGACUAUUUUGACGAUGAGUAGAUAUGUUUAACUAUCUAGAAGUAGCUUUCUUACUUGCAUAUUUGCCAAACUAUCAAUGUGAUUAUAAAUUAUUAGCUUUCGAAUAUUCGUAUAUGAUGUUAUAUGUAAUCUAGUUAAUUCCAUAUCAAUCUGUGUUACUAACUAGGUCUGUUUCACUGUUAGACAUGUAUUUAGAACAUACAAUGUGUGUAGCGUUCAUCUCCAUAGACUAUGUUGUGUGUCAAGCUAUACUGUGACUAAAAUAACUCUACAAAAUGUAUAACUUGUAUUUUAAAGUGUUCUAUGUUCUAAAAACCUUUUUCUAAUAUAGUUCUCAUAAUAAUCCUUGACACAAUAUUCCCAAUAAAACAUUUGUUGUUAGUUUAUUUCUUUCUUAUUAUAUUUUAAUUGUUAUUUAGUGUUAGUUAUUCUCUAGGUGAAGACUGGAGGGCUGAAACUCGCACAAAAGUUGAUAUCUUGGAUAUCUUUUCGUCAACAUCGAAUUUAAAGUAAUCUUUAUUUUAUUCUUUAUUAAUAACUAAGUAAAAGGUUGGGAAUAUUUUGUCGAAAACGAGAUGUUACCGUCAUAGUACUAGACACAUUUGGAUAAUAAAUUACCUAGUAUUGGUAUAAUGUAUUAGUAUCAAGUGUAGUGUCGGUUGUACCGUGAUGGUGUCAUAGAAACACUCAUAGGAAAGUAACAUAGUUCCUAACAUUCCAUAACGUUACAUGUAUCUAGUAGUCUAUGAAUGCAAUUCAUAUUAACAAUAAAUGCUUGAAAUAAA